CAGCUGGGCAGGCCCACAAAGGCAAUUGUUCACCUGGGGUCCAUCUAGCGCACCUGGAAAUGGGAUUCCCUCCAUUCCACCCUCGGCACCUGGAUUGAUCUACCCCUGGACGACGCCUCUUGCCCCCCUCUCUCACGGCGUAGCCCCCUCCUCCCCUUCCCUGGAGCCCACUCCAUCGCUGCGACUGGGUUGAGGGCUUCUUGUACCCCUGAAAGGAGCCUCCAUGCCACUCUUAAACAACAAGGUGGCCAACGAUGAGAACAUCGGCUUAUCCAAACCUGUGAACGAGGCGAAGGCCCUUGUGGAUGCACUCAGCAAGGUGGUGGCGUGCUACCGGCACCUGGCCUCAUGCGUGGGGGGGUGCACGGACGGCGUACACCUACGGGACGAACUGCGCCGAACACGGGAGCGAGCACAGGAGCUGGCUCUGGCCAAUCGGCAGCGCCUGACCACCAGCCUGCGGGACAGGACCCUGCCCAAGGAAGAGCGGCAGGAGAUGGAAUACCUGUGGGUGGCCUUCUCCUUCAGCCUGGAGCUCCUCCAUGCCGACAUGUGCAAAGUCUUUGAAAUGGGCCAAAGCUUCUCUCUGUCCAACAAGACCACCGCCUUUGUGCAAACCGGCAUUCAAGGGAAGACUACAGAGGUGGCUGCCCGGGCCUUGAGCCUGCCAGACCUGAACCACGAUGAGACACCGCCUAGUGUGGAGCGGCUGGAGCAGAGUGCUCUGGAGGUGGAGAUUGCCCGAGUGGACCAGAUGAUUGAGGACAUGGAGCUGAAGGUUAAUGUGCUGCGCUGGACGGUGGAGGCCCGGGGGCCACAGUACGCCGACCCCGUCAGUACUGACAGUGCCUCUCUGGCCCUACUCGCCAUGGACGAGCAAGAGCCGGACCGUUGCUGUGACCGAAGCCAAAUCUUUGUGAUCAUGAUGCUGUGUGGGGUAGCCACCCUGGCUAUUGUGUUGUCUGUCUGCGUAGUUUUCUUAGCUUGA